GUGCGUUGCAUUCAUUCGUCGACUGACGCCAUCCAGGAAGAGCCGCUCUCACUUGUGCGAAGUUUGUCAGGUAGCUUAGCUAAUGGAGUCGGUAGAUAGAAGUAAACAUAAGUGGCCUUAGAAAGCUAUAACGUCUUACCUACUGAUGUACAUAAGACCUUUGAGAUGGAUGAUAUCAAUUUACACUACAGAUUCCUGAACUGGCGGCGCAGGAUCAGAGAAAUCAGGGAAGUCCGUGCUGUUCGUUAUCAAGAGCGAUACAAACGAAUGUUGAAGAACGGAGACACGCUAAGUUACCAAGGGAACUCUGAUGAAGUUGGCUGCUACGUGGCUCCACGCCCCUUAUCAAAGGGAAACUGUUACUUCGAGGUGACCAUUAUGGAUACUGGAGUGAGAGGGACAAUUGCUGUUGGGCUGGUUCCCCAGUAUUACAAACUUGACCAUCAGCCUGGCUGGCUUCCACAUUCAAUAGCUUACCAUGCUGAUGAUGGAAAGCUGUACAACGGCAACCCCGUCGGUCAGCAGUUUGGUCCUAAAUGUAACCGUGGUGACCGAAUUGGUUGUGGUAUCUAUGCAGACACUUUCGAUGCUGGACUCGUCACUGUGUUUUUUACAAAGAAUGGCAAGGAAGUGGGGUCCGUGGUGGUGCCGGUGGCUCCAGAUGGGCUUUUCCCUGCCAUUGGCAUGCACUCCCUCGGUGAGGAGGUACGGUUGGACCUGCAGGCAGAAUGGGGUUCGGAGGAGGAGGACAGUGUCAUGAUGGUGGACAGCCAUGAGGAUGAAUGGGCACGCCUGUAUGAUGUCAGAGUCAGCGGCACGCUUCUGGAAUAUGUUGGGAAAGGAAAGAGCAUUAUGGAUGUUGGUCUGGCUCAGGCCCGGCAGCCCCUCACGACACGAAGUCACUACUUUGAAGUGGAGAUUGCGGAUCCCGGAGAGAAGUGUUACAUCGCCCUGGGCCUGGCAAGAAGAGAUUACCCAAAGAACAGGCAUCCAGGAUGGAGUCGAGGUUCUGUUGCAUAUCACGCAGAUGAUGGGAAGAUCUUCCAUGGAAGCGGAGUAGGAGACCAGUUUGGCCCUCGCUGUUUUGAAGGGGACAUCAUGGGCUGUGGAAUAAUGUUUCCUCGGGACUAUGUGCUGGACUAUGAAGAUGAAAUGGAUGACUGGGAUGCUGCUGAUGUACGACCAAAGCAGGGGCGUGUCGAAAAUUUACUGUAUUUGAACGAUGAAGACGAGGAAGAGGGAGAUGAUCCAGAACAAGAACAUGAGGGCCGAAAGGUCAUGGUGUUCUUCACCCGGAACGGCAAGAUAAUCGGCAGGAGGGAAGUGGUCGUCCCGGUCGGAGGGUUUUACCCCACCAUCGGGAUGCUCAGCAGUGGAGAAAAGGUGAAAGUGGACCUCCAUCCUCUCAGCGGAUAAUAGAGGAACGCCACAUCUCUGAGCCACAAGCGGAUGGAAAAGACCAAAAAAAAAAAAAAAUCAUGCUGAGAUUUCGGUUGUCUUUCUUACGAUUCAAGGCACUUCACAAUGCAAGUUUAACACGUCUAACACUCCAGUGCAUGUUUCAUCUACGGCGAUCACCUCGGCUUCAAACGGUUUACUGUGAAACCACAUAUAGAGGGGUUUGUGGCAUGAAAUGGUUAAUAUUAGGCCUCAAAAAGAACUGUUGACCGAAAAAAAAAAAAAAAAAAAUUGUACAAAGAUACAUUUUGUUGGUUAAAAAAGCGUCGAAAAUAUUAAAUUAUAUAUUUUUAAUGUACAUGUACAUAUGUAAAUUAAUGUAUUGGCUGCUAUACAAACAUUUAUUUAGCAAAUCAAUCAUGAUAUUAAUAAACGACUAGUAGACACCCUAAAGAAACGUAAAGAUGUGGCAUGAGGGUGUUAAUUAUUAAUAAAUGAUCAAUAAAUAUAAUUCAGUGGUUUCCACAAGCACUCCCUCACAAGUUUCUUGUGAAGGCGAUGGAAGCAUAUUACGGUUAUUUUUCUUAUUGUGAUUCAUUUUGAAUGUCAUAUUUAAAAAGUGCCAUUUUUUUUGCUAUUAUUUCUGUCUGAAAAUGAGCGGUUGAGGGGAAGGUGUUUGGCGGUGAAUAGCAUGGAGUAAUUGCGACGUCAGCGGAGGCGAGUUGUAUCGUCUCCUGUUGUGUAUCACACAGUCAUCCGUCUUUAGGAAACGCAUUCAGCAACUCCAGACCAGAGCGCAUCUGAGACCGGUUAUUUUUCGUUUAGUUCAGGCUUUUCUGUAAAUGUCGAUUUUUUUUUAAAUCGGUCUGUGGACAUUUUUAUCAGAUAUUUCAGGGCAGACGCCACAUUGGAGCGAGAAAACAUGGAGCCGUUUAUUCAGGAAUUGUCCACUGUAACGUGAGCUAGUCUGGUUCACAAACGCUACAAGCACUUUAGAGACGCCUCAGCUGAAGCUGAUAGUCAUGAGCGGCUGUUACGCUGCAUUCUAGACUUCUCAAAAGAUGCUAUUUUGCACACUUCGCUGUUGCAAUAAUGCCCUCCUUCUGUCCUGUUACGUAUCACAUAUGGAACAAAAUGGUUUCAUAGAACAGACUUUGCCAAAUUUCAUGUCUAAUUUUGUCCCUUUCGAUAGAUUUCUCCUCCAAGAUGUUUUUGAAUAUCAUUUUUUUUUUCUAUAUUUUCAUAUAUGCUUGAAGUUGCAUCCUAGUUGAAUCUCAGGACGUUGGUUAUGUUCAGAAUGAGAUACUGGCUUGCUGCAUACUGCACAGUGUAUACUGUAUGUCUACAUAUUUUUAAGAAUUUGAGAAAUAGCGCAAAAUAUUGAAAGCUUGUUUUGGCCACGGUAUUAAAAAAAAAAACCUUGCAAUGCAGACUUUUUUCUUGUAAAAAAGGAAAAAAGUUUGAACCUUAAUUUUAUUUAUUUUUCAAGAAGAAUUGCAAGUCAGUUGAAUCAAUAGAAAAUUACAGUAAAAAAAAAAAAAAAAAGUACAUUUCUUCAUUUUUAAUUGUGUGGCAGGAGCAAAAUAUUAUUUGGGGAACUGUAUUAUAUUUGUGCUUUGGAUUAUUUCUUGGAUCUUGAAAAGUUGCCAAAAAAAAUUACAUUUUUACAUUUUUAAUUCCAUAGCAAAAAAUUUUAUUGCAAUAAGUCAGAAUUCUGUAGGAGAAGAUCCGCAUUCAAAAGGUUAUCUUUUUUUUCCCUAAUUGUCACAUUUUAACUUUGAACAUUCACAAUUACCUUAUAUAAAUGGAAUCAAAACUUGGCUAUAAAAUGGCAUCAAAGUGUUACAAAGUGUUCAGUGGCCAUUCCCGGAAACGAAAGGUCACGUUAAGUCCAACGCAUUUUUGAGAAACGCUACUGUGCACAUUUUGCCAUUUCUAUGCAUAAAUAUUAAUGCUAUGCACAGUGUACUGCAGAAAUAACAAGAAUAGUAUGCAAUUCUGAAUAUAGCCAUAGUCGUACUUGACAGGAUGCACAGGGUUUCAGAGCACCUGCAUCACCGAAUAAGGAGCUUUGAUUUAUUCAUCCGAAAGUUCCUCAGUGAUUUAUAACACCUUGCAUGUUUAUCAUAGACUAUUUUCUGCGGCUAUUUUUCACCUAAAAUACAUUAAAUUAGAAUUGAUGAGAAAAAUUGUCAUUCUAAAGAGAAGAAUGGGUGUCACGUCUACUAAAGCCUUUCCAUUUAGUGGUGAAAUGAAUAUUCCAGAUCAGAUCAUUUAACAUAAAGAAUUGCUUGUGUUCCAGACAUAAAUUGACAGCACAGGGAAGCCAAAACCAAAUACCUCUAUCAGUUAAGCUUAUGCAAAAAGCCAAGCGGCUGUCCUCUCCAAGAUCAUCUGAAUUCCUCCACUGGAAUGUGGUUGCUUGGCGCAUAAAUGGGCGAUGAUCGUUUUGCUUUCACACAGUCUUACUAAAUGGAGACUUGCGUUGAAUAUGUUGAUGUGUUGCUCUAAUUGUAGCAUGCACUCUUUUGCUAAUGUGUACAUAAUAAAGAAACUGUUAUUUCCACACAAACCGUA